CAACUCCUCAUUCUCUAUUGAAAGUUCAGGUCGAUCGCUUCAGGCUCUCAGGCCUGGUAAAAAUUUAACAUAUUUUUGUAUGUGAAUUGUCGUGGAUUUGCUCGCAGGUGCAUUUUUUUUUUCAAAUUUAUUGUGCAAGCAAAUUUUUUGGUUUCGUGAACGACCCGGUUUCCUGAUUCAAAAUGUGCGAAGCCGUUGAUCCAAAGUCCAAGCCGGCGGAGAAGCCACGGGAGGAGCUGAUGGACUGGAAUGCCUACUACAAGAACCGUGGGCUGAUCAGCACCCGGCUGGGCAGUAAGAAGGCAGAGUAUAUGCACUGCUCCACCGAUAUAACGCCGGAGAAGAAGGGCACUGGCCCCUCUUGCUGCUGUUCCUCUUGCCCCGUCAAGGAUCGCUCGAACUACAUACCAAAAUGUCCGGGUCCCGGGCAGAAGGGCAAGCCCAAUCGGGAAUACAUGAGAUGUUUUGCCACCAAUAUGGUGGUCCUCAGGCUGGACAUGCCUGGCUGGGAGUUCGAGUGCAGGGAUCGACUGAAACUCAAGGCCAACGUCUGUAGAAAAGUCAAGCUAUGUCUGGAUGCCAGUCGCAUCAACGUCAACGAACUGCCGGCGGAGGUCAUGAAGACCUUCCAGAUGGAGCCAGAGUGCCUGGCGAGGCAGCUAGACGAGGGCAUUGGCAUCUCCCUGGUUUACAUGGGCAAGGAGAUAGGUCGCGGCUGCUACGAGGUGCCCAAAGCUGUGAUCAACCGCAUGGUCAACCAGUUCGAUGAAAUCGUGCACGACGCCAACAUAGAGCUCACCUGCCGCUGCUGCACCGUGGGUCUGGUCCACAUCCGCUUCUCCAUGAUCAUGCGCUGCCAGACCCUCAAAGAAGUUGCGGUCGAACGUUUGGCGGGCGGCCAAGAAUGGGGAUGUGGUUUGGCGGAGCGGAAACGGAAGGCAAAGGACAGUAACGUGAAUCCGCAGGACCUUGCGUUCAUGGCGGAGGGCAGCUACACAUCCUCCUCCUCUCUCGAUCCCUGUGCAGGAUUCCUGCCCAGCGACAUGGAUAUCCCUUCAAUGAGCAGCCUGGAAGAGAAUGUCCACCACAGCUCUCAGGAUCCGCAGCCGCAACUGAUCGACAUGGCGGGGCCCUUUCCCGUUUACUCCUGUCCUAAAGGGGAUGAUGUCUACCAAGAUGUUACCAUCGAGCCACCGGCUGGACCCUCUGCCCAGUUCUCGCCGGAGCAGCAACACUUUCUAGGCGAUGGAUCCACCAACCGUUUAGGCCAGAAGCUGUCGUCGCCGAAGCUGCUCCAGAUGCACAUUAGCGGCACUCGCACCUGCAUACUCUGCGGUGAGGACGUGUCCUGGUUGCCCAAAGUGGCUGCCUGUCCUUACUGCGGCUACAAGGCCGUUCCAGAGUUUAAGGAGCGCGAAUACGACGAGAAUGCCACCGCCCGGCAGAUCCUGCUUGAUCACCUCGAGAACCCAGUGGAGGAACUCAGCUUUGAUCUUGGGUCAGUGGAGGGAUGUUCUGGCGAUGGAGGCCUGGAUUAUGGCACCACCUCCGAGGCCUUUGAGGCUGUAGUGCGGGAAUACCAGGCCCUGAAGCGCAGCAUCCGCCAAUCCCAAACCAAGGCCUGCGAGUCGGUGACCCAGAAACAGACCAAUAUGGCAGUGUCCGGAGAUCAGCUGCAGGGCAAGUCCCGACCACAGGACCUGGUCAAGAUCUUUGCCGAGCUGAAAGAACUGUUCAAGGUAAAUGAAGUGCAGGAUGAAAGGCAGAAUAUGCAGGAGAUCUGCAAGGAGGCCUGCAAACUGGCCAAGGGCAAAAAGAGCAAGAGUCGCUUAGCUGAGGCAGCGAGCAAAACUAACGCGGUACCCUCGGAACCCAAGGAUGCCUGCGAAGUGCCCAAGAAAAAGAAAAGGCGAAGGACUAUAAAGAGGUCCACCAAGUCCAGGUACUACUCGAUGUACUCUCCCCAGAACAGGAUCAAAAUAAGGCAGGAUAGCAUUCCCCCGGACGAGAGGGUGCCCGCUCACAUGGGCUGGCUGUGGACUGCUCAUCCGUUGGCCUCCAAGCCCGGCUGGCGACCUGGAGCCAUCCGCCGCUCCAUACGCCAACUGAUGUGCUACUUUCUCAAGGAUUAUCCCUUGGACACCAUCCCUGUCUCCAAGUACAUGUCCUACUACAACCAUAAGAAGCCACCGACCUUGACACCAGUUGGGACCUGUGAAGAUCUCGUCCAGGUGCCUACGCUGCACAUCGAGAAGAAACAUGAUGUUUACACCAUCACCCUCCGGCCGCUGAAGAACGGGGACACGCUGGCCCGCUCCGCCAAUCCGUACUUGGACAUGAAGCCCGUACAAUUUCGGAUCGUAAAGGACCCGCUUAUGAAGGAGCUGCGCGACAUGAAGCGUUGCCUCAAGAACAUGGGCUUCAGCAAGUGCACCUGCCACAAGCCGGUCAUGCACUGCUAUUGCCGCAGUUUUGUGGACAAGAAGCUCUUGGUCCAACGCAUCCGGGAGGAGUGCGAGCGCCGUCACAUCGAUCCCUGCGAGGACGACCUGGUGUUGUCAGAGACCUCGGAUAGCGAGGCGGAGUUUGAAUUCGGGGUCACGCCACCUGCUGGCCUGAUGCGUCCCGAUCGGUUCAAGAGCAGCCACAUCAAGCACACUGAGACGCAGUACGACGAGUCCGACUGGGCAAUGCCCAGUCAGUUUCCACAUCCGCCCCAUCCCGAGGUUCAGUAUGCCAGCUGUGUGAUGGGCGAGCGGAAGAAGCCCUUCAAUUGGGUCUAUGGCAAAGGCGUUAUCCAGGAGGAGCCCAAGCCGCCCAAGAUGCGCAAUAUCCCCAAAAAGGGAAAGAAAAAGAAGGUUGAGCCGGGACGCGUGGCCGGAGGAUUCGCGGGGCAUGAAUACCAGGACUCUAGCAUCUACAGUCGGCUAAACAACAACUCUCCACCGAGGCGAUUGAUAACUCCGGAAAACCUUGUGCCGCCCAACUACUCCACGGACUCUGAGCUGCCGCUGAGUGGCGAGCACAUGCGUCGCCUGGACCAGGCAGCCUAUCCACCGACGGCCCCGCAACGCCGGGAGCCCUGGGCCCUGGAAUUGGAGAAGGAGCGGCAGCGGAGAAGGGUCAAGCGAAGAGCCAAGAAGCUGGUCCGGUUCGAUCCCAGCAUUGGACCUCACUCCUCAGACAGCUAUGAUCCUUAGGGUCGUUCAAUUAUCCACAUCUCCUUUUUAAUGGUUUUAGCCCAUUAAACACAAUAUUCCAUUAAUCUGUAGUAACCGCAUAAAAUUACAAGUUUUUUAUAAAAGA